AUGUCUGAGGCGUCAGACCGCACUCCAGACGUGGAGACUGCGACACGAAACAGUGGCGAAGGGCAACGACCGAAGCGGUUUCGUUUCAAAUCCAAGAAGGAUGAUGAAAACCGAAGCGAUAAUGAUUCAAGGGGCCACAAGCGACGAAGAGACCACGAUUCGUCCCGCAGGGGCAGGAAGCGGCACAGAUCGUCACGGCAUGCCGGAGAUGGGUCACGCUCACAAGAACACCCCUCGGCCUAUCUGUCGCCAGACCAAGCAUUCCGAGAGUCGCUCUUCGACGCACUUGGAGACGACGAAGGUGCGGCUUUCUGGGAAAGUGUUUAUGGACAGCCUAUACACAACUAUCCCAAUACCUAUCAAGAUGAAGAGACUGGGGAAUUGGAACGCAUGACUGACGAGGAAUAUGCGCAAUUCGUCCGCCGGAAAAUGUGGGAAAAGAGUUGGGAAGGAAUAGAGGCCGCAAGAGAGGAGAAGAGGCGAGAAAAACAACGAGAGGAACAAAGAAUACGCGACGAAGAGAAUAGAACAGAGAGCGAGAGGCAGGCCCGGCACGAUGAUCACAUCUUCAACACUCAGAUCGAAGCCAGCCUUCGACGAGGUGAGAAGCGCAAAGAGCGCAAGCGGUGGCAAAAAUUGUGGGAGGACUAUCUGCGCCGCUGGGCAGAGCUCCAAAAUGUUGCUCGAGAUCGGCAAAAGUCUGAGGGGGACGGGGAACAGCUCUUUCUACGCAACAAAAUCGCGUGGCCAGUCGAGUCAGGAAAACACAGAGACGUCAACAGGGAAGAAAUUGAACGGUUCAUCAGGAAAGGCACAGAGAGCGAUGAGGCGGUAGAGGGAGCGGAUCCAUUCUCAAGCGCUAUCAAGGCCGAGCGUGUCCGAUGGCAUCCCGACAAAAUCCAGCAGAGGUAUGGAUUUAUGGAAAUCGACGACGAUACGCUCAAGGGGGUCACAGCAGUCUUCCAGGUGCUCGAUACGAUAUGGAACGACAUUCGAGACAAGGAUUCAUGA